UUUGCUGCUGCUCUUUUGUUUUUCCUCUUUAUCAAUUAUCUGAGUCAUUCUGAUUCUCCACUUAGGAAAAAAGUUCGUGUAUAACAUGGGGUUGUCUAAAUACGUAAUUGUGUUCGGAAAUAGAUUAUUUCUGCUAUCUAAAUGAUAGGAGUGCAGGAAAACAUUCUUAAGAUUUGUUUUCCUUUAGUUUCUCUGUAAGUCUCCCAAGUGGCAUAUGACCUGGGAAACUAAUUUAGCUACGCACCAUGUGACCUCAUGAACCAGAGUAACCGUAAAGAAAAUUCCUUAAAAAAUGCAAUUAUCGGGGCACCUGGGGUGGCUCAGUCGCUAAGCAUCUGCCUUCGGCUCCAGUCAUGAUCCUGGGGUCCUAAGAUCGAGCCCUGCAUCGGGCUCCCUGCUCAGCGGGAAGCCUGCUUCUCCCUCUCCCACUCCCCCUGCUGGUGUUCCCUCUCUCGCUGUGUCUUUCUCUGUCAAAUAAAUAAAUAAAAUCUUAAAAAAAAAAAACUUUAAAAAAUGCAAUUAUCUUGGCACAUCUGGGUGGCACAGUUGAGCAUCCGACUCUUGGUUUUGGCUUGGGUUGUGAUCUCAGGUUCAUGAGAGUGAGCCCCGCCUUGGGCUCUGUGCUCAGCGUGGAGUGUGCUUUAGUUUCUCUCUCCUUCUCCCUCUGCCCUUCCUGCUCAUGCUCUCUCUCUAAAAUAAAUAAAUCUUUAAAAAAGAUAUAUAAUAAUCUCUAGUGUUUUGGUUUUUUUUUAACAUUUAUGUAUUUAUUUGAGAGAGAGCACAUGUGUGUGCACAAGCAUGAGCCGGGGGAGAGGCAGAGGGAGAGAGAAAGGGAGAAGCAGACUCUCUGCUGAGCAGGGAGCCUGACAUGGGGCUCCAUCCCAGGCCCCUGGGAUCAUGACCUUAGCUGAAGGCAGACGCUUAACGCUGAGCCAUCCAGGUGCCCCAUCUCUAGGGUUUUUAUUUUUAUUUAUUGGCUUAAAUAUAAAUUGCAUUUCCAUAAACAAUAAAAUGGGAAAGAAGCAAUGACUAAGAGAAAGGAUAUAAACAAGUAUUUCAGCUAAACCUAUUUGUUUGUUUCAGUAUGUGCAAUCUUUUCUGCUUUGUACUCACUCUUGGAACUUAGAAUUCCAUCAGGACCACUUUGAGAUAUUUUUAAUAACAAAUAUUUGUAUUAUCACUUUUUUCCUCCACAUGUUUUUUAAACAGACUCUUUUAUUAAGAUUUAUUUAUUUAUUUAGAGAGCAUGAGCAAGGGGAGGGGCAAAGGGAGAGAGAGAGAGAUUGGGAGAGAGAGAGAGAGACGGAGAGAAGUAGACUCCCCACUGAGCAUGGAGCCUGAUGUGGGGCUCAAUCCCACAAUCCUGAGAUCAUGAGCUGAGUCAAAAUCAAGAGUCAGAGGCCCAACUGACUGAGCCACCCAGGCGCCCCCCCUCCACUUUUUUUUUUUUGGUCACCAUUCUCACAUGUUUCUGUUGAGUCAAACGUUCAUAUUAUGUUUAGUAAAAUAUGGUACAUUUUGACAUGUAUGAUUUUUAUAAUGUAGGUAGCAUAAACCUUCAGAAACCCUCAGUAUUUAACUCGAAGGGAGAAAACUGACUUUUGAGGUGAAUUGAGUUUUAAAAAUAGACAAAAAUCUAGAGAUAUCCUCCUUCAAAAGAAAAAGUAGCUAAGCACCUUGUCCCCAAUUAAGAUAUUAAAUUACUGUGCCAGUGUCAUACUUUUAAUGUAUCUGAUUAAUUUAAUGAAUUUGUUUGGUAACUUAGCUGAUUCAGCAUUAAAGAAUUACAUCAUGUCUUUUGGUGCCAUAAGAUGCUAGGUAGUGCCACUUUAGGAACUUUGGACAAAUCAUUUAACCUUUUUUGGUUCUACUCCCAUUGAUCAGUGGAAAAUGGAAUUAAAGUUGAUAAUUACUUUUAUACCCUCUAGCUAUAAAAGUUUAUGAUAGCCAUGAAUGUGGAAUUUGGGGAGCAUUACUCAUUUCCCAAAAUUCUACACUAAUAUCAGUUUCACUCUGUUCUUUUUGUGUUGUGGUGAACUUUGGUUCAUAUAUUUUAAUGAACACUGCCACUUUUUUGAUAACCCUAGGAUCCAAAUGAAAAAAGAAUUGUAAAAGGCAAUUGGCGAAAAAAUAGCUCAGUGCAGAAAGAGGAAAACUCUUUGCUCCUGGAGCUCCACAAUGUCACAUCCUUUAAAUCUGGCUGUUUUUGCAAAAUCCAGGUGGUAACGACAGACGAGGACAAAUUUUGUGUCUUUGUCUUUUUAUUUCUUUGUAUCUGCUGGUCAGAUGGGGUGGGGUGGGAAUGUUAGGUAGCAAAGCGUGGAUAUGAAUACAAAAUUAAGAAAGCCCUUUUUCAAAUUUUGGAAAAUUCUGCUGUUUUAAUUAAUUAAUUAUUUUUUAAAGAUUUUAUUUAUUUGUCAGAGAGAGCGAGAGAGAGAGAGAGAGCACAAGCAGGAGGAGCGGCAGGCAGAGGGAGAAGCAGGCUUCCCGCUGAGCAAGGAGCCUGAUGCGGGGCUCGAUCCCAGGACCCUGGAUGAGACCCGAGCCGAAGGCAGACGCUUAACCAACUGAGUCACCCACGCGUCCCAAUUCUGCUGUUUGUAUUCAAACGGAAAUGAAGCAGAACUUAUAAAAAUUGCAAUUAUUUAUAAUGAUAAAGUUAAACACAAAAUAUUUUUAUCGAUUAAAAUUACAACAAACUAAGAGUGAAAUGAUAAAAUUAAUGAAAAAAGUUCUGGGAUGACUGGGUGGCUCAGUCCUUAAGAGUCUGCCUUCGGCUCAGGUCUGAUCCCAGGGUCCUGGGAUCGGGUCCCGCAUCAGGCUCCCUGCUCAGCGGGGAGCCUGCUUCUCCCUCUGUCUGUACCUCCCUCCCCCUGCUUGUGCUCUCUCUCUGAUAAAUAAAUAAAUAAAACCUUUAAGAAAUUUAUAAUGAAAAAAAGUUCUUUUUAAUGAAUAAUGUAGUAACAAUUAUCCUUAGUAUCACAUUUCCAUUAAAGAUUAAUGAAGAAAAGAAGAGACACCAAAGUAAUGAGACGGCAGUAUUAGAAAACACAUAUGCUGUCGCUGCUGCUGCUGCUGGACUCAUUCAACAAAGAGAGAGUGGAAAAACUGAAAACCACCUCUUUCCUGUUGGGAAAAAGGAAGAUUCUGAUGGUGGAUCUAUUAAAACUAGUGAUCCUGGUUUGCAUAUGAAGGGAGUAAGGAAAGAUGAAAAUGAAAAAUGGACAUCAGAAGUAUCUGUGAUUACACCAGGGCUUGAGAAGGCGGAUUCCCUACCUUCUUGUCCAGUACAAGUGAAUGAUGACAGCACUUCAAGUGAAAUGGAUCGGGAUGAAGUAAGGUCAAAAAGCAAAUUAAUUUUAUGGAUGACCUUGACUUAACGGAGUCAUCUGGAACAGCUUCAGAGGAUUCCAAGUUGCCUUGCUCUAAGUAUAUGAGUUGCAAGUCGCUAUUUGUACAAGUUGGCCAGGAUCGUAAAG